GCAGGACCUGCGGCUGCUAGACUUAGUGGGUAAUGCCAUCUUUGCCUGGCCUUGUGUAGAUAAUAAAGUAGCCAUGGGAGCAAGGCACCCAGCUUUUUUAUAGGGUGCAGAAGAAAGGUGUGGAGGGAAACGUGUGAAGACAACGCGCAGCUUCUGCAGCCUGCUUCCCGCCGCAGAACCCAUUUCCGGUCUCAAUCGUGACGAAAUGUUACCCUUGCUCCUGCUGCUGCUGCCCCUCUGCUGGGCCGUGGAGGUCCAGAGGCCCCGUGGUGUCUCCCUCAGCAACCUUCAUUUCUAUGAUGCAUCUAAGGCUUUCACGUGUUUGGACGGUUCAGCCACUAUCCCAUUCGAUCAGGUCAAUGAUGACUACUGCGACUGCAAGGAUGGCUCAGAUGAGCCGGGCACAGCUGCCUGUCCCAAUGGCAGUUUCCACUGCAGUAACAUGGGCUACAAACCCCUGUACAUCCCAUCUAGCCGGGUUAAUGAUGGGAUAUGUGACUGCUGCGAUGGGACCGAUGAGUACAACAGUGGCACCGUGUGCGAGAACACCUGCAAAGAGAAGGGUCGGAAGGAGAGGGAGUCCCUGCAGCAGCUGGCUGAGGUCACCCGUGAAGGCUUCCGCCUCAAGAAGUUGCUGAUUGAAGAGUGGAAGACGGCCCGGGAAGAGAAGCAGAGUAAGCUCCUUGAGCUACAGACCAGAAAGAAGUCUCUGGAAGACCAGGUGGAGAUCCUGAGGACAUUGAAGGAGGAAGCUGAGAAGCCAGAGAAAGAGGCCAAAGAGCAGCACCGGAAGCUAUGGGAAGAGCAGCAGGUCCUUGCUAAGGCCCGGCGGGAACAGGAGCUGGCAACCAACGCCUUCCAGGAACUGGAUGAUAAUCUGGAUGGGGUGGUCUCCGUGGCUGAGCUGCAGACCCACCUGGAGUUGGAUACAGAUGGAGAUGGGGCACUGUCUGAAGGGGAAGCUCAGGCCCUCCUCAGCGGGGACACACAGAUGGACAGCGCCUCUUUCUAUGACCGUGUCUGGGCGGCCAUCAGGGACAAGUACCGCUUUGAGGUGCAACCCACCGACAUACCCGCACCUUCAGUCACGAAUAUGAUUGAGCCUAAAGAGGAACAGCUGCCAGUGCCCUCGCCACCCACAGAAGAGGAGGAGGCGGAAGAGGAUGAGGAGGAACCAGAGGAGGAGGAGGAGGAGGAGGAGGAGGAGGAGGUGCAGGGGGAACAACCCAAGGAGACCUCACCCCCACUGCAGCCCCCUCAGCCUGCCAGCCCUCCACAGGAGGAGGAAAAGAUGCCACCCUACGAUGAGCAGACACAGGCCUUAAUCACUGCUGCGCAAGAGGCCCGGAACAAGUUUGGGGAAGCCGAGCGAUCCCUGAAAGAGAUGGAAGAGUCCAUCAGGAAUUUGGAACAAGAGAUAUCCUUCGACUUUGGCCCCCAUGGGGAGUUCGCAUAUCUCUACAGCCAGUGCUACGAGCUCACCACCAAUGAGUAUGUCUACCGGCUCUGCCCCUUCAAACUGGUCUCCCAGAAACCCAAACAUGGAGGCUCCCCCACCAACCUUGGCACGUGGAGCUCAUGGGCUGGUCCUGACCACGACAAAUUCAGUGCCAUGAAGUAUGAGCAGGGCACCGGCUGCUGGCAGGGCCCCAACCGCUCCACCACAGUGCGCCUGUUGUGCGGGAAGGAGACAGUGGUAACCAGUACCACAGAGCCCAGUCGCUGUGAGUACCUCAUGGAGCUGAUGACCCCAGCAGCAUGCCCAGAACCACCGCCUGAAACACCCACUGAUGGUGACCAUGACGAGCUCUAGUCUGUGAACCUCAAGACAUUCUGCAGUCUGUGGACCAAGGCUUGCCCCUCUAAAGGACCAAGCUGGGGUUCCUGGCCCUCCUCCAGGUAGCAGGUAUCCAGUGGUGCUCCAGGUCACAUUCCUGGGGACCAAGCUAGCCGAGCUGUGGUCUUAUGCUCCAGUGGCCUCCAGAAAUGUAAUAAAGAAGCUAGCCUUCCCUGGAUUCCCCAGGAUGGGGUUAAUACCUGCAUCCCCUCAUCUCUACCUCCCCAGCUGAUGAGGAUGAGGAUGACUUGACCUGUGACCUUAACAAUAAAUGUGACUCUUCCCCUAA